GUUGCUAGUUUAUAAAAUUUAGCUUCGCUUGUAGAUUUCAAAUUGCGUUGUUUUGUUCCUUGUCAAGGUCAUUUUCUCUCGGUUUAAAAUGUCGAAAGGACCAGCAGUCGGAAUUGAUCUUGGUACCACCUAUUCCUGUGUCGGAGUUUUUCAACAUGGGAAAGUGGAAAUUAUCGCAAAUGACCAAGGAAAUCGAACAACACCAAGCUAUGUAGCCUUUACUGACACGGAGCGUUUGAUUGGAGACGCUGCGAAAAAUCAAGUCGCAAUGAAUCCCACGAACACGGUUUUUGAUGCGAAGCGAUUGAUCGGUCGACGCUUUGACGAUCCUUCAGCGCAGUCAGAUAUGAAACAUUGGCCCUUCCAGAUAAUUAACGACUCUGGGAGACCUAAGAUACAAGUGGAUUAUAAAGGAGAAACGAAAACAUUCUACGCAGAAGAGAUUUCAUCAAUGGUGUUGACAAAGAUGAAGGAAACAGCUCAGGCAUAUCUUGGGAAAACUAUUACGGAUGCUGUGGUGACUGUUCCAGCAUAUUUCAAUGAUUCUCAGCGCCAGGCUACAAAAGAUGCAGGUGUGAUUGCUGGCUUAAAUGUCUUGCGUAUUAUCAAUGAACCAACUGCUGCUGCUAUUGCAUAUGGUCUGGACAAGAAAGUUGGUUCUGAACGCAAUGUCCUUAUCUUUGAUCUUGGUGGUGGUACAUUUGAUGUCUCUAUUUUGAGCAUUGAAGAUGGAAUAUUUGAAGUCAAGUCUACUGCUGGAAACACUCACCUGGGUGGUGAAGACUUUGACAACAAUGUUGUUGAUUUUUUUGUGCAGGAUUUCAAAAGAAAGUACAAGAAAGAUCUGUCAACCAAUAAACGUGCACUGCGUCGCCUGAGGACAGCUUGUGAACGUGCAAAGAGGACCCUCUCCUCCAGCACCCAAAGUAACCUCGAGAUUGAUUCCUUGUAUGAGGGAAUUGAUUAUUAUACUACGCUCACUCGUGCUAAGUUUGAAGAUUUGAACAAAGACCUAUUUGAGAGAACCAAAGAACCUGUUGAGAAAGCUCUAAGAGAUGCUGGAUUGUCUAAGGGCCAGGUGCACGAGGUUGUUUUGGUUGGAGGAUCAACUCGUAUCCCAAAGAUUCAGGAAAUUCUGCAAAAGUUUUUUGAAGGCAAAGAACUCAACAAAAGCAUCAAUCCAGAUGAAGCUGUAGCUUAUGGUGCUGCUGUUCAAGCUGCAAUUCUGAGUGGUGACAAGAGUAGUGAAGUUCAGGAUUUGUUGCUUCUGGAUGUGGCACCUUUGUCUCUUGGAAUUGAGACUGCAGGUGGGGUCAUGACAGUCCUUAUCAAGCGCAACACAACCGUACCCACUAAGAAAACAGAAUCCUUCACUACCUAUUCAGAUAAUCAAACCAGUGUCCUAAUUCAGGUGUUUGAAGGAGAGAGAGGCUUAACAUCAGGCAACAAUCUGCUUGGAAAGUUUGAGCUGUCAGGUAUUCCACCAGCCCCACGAGGAGUUCCACAGAUUGAAGUUACUUAUGACAUCGAUGCAAAUGGAAUCUUGAAUGUGUCUGCAGUUGAUAAGAGCACUGGUCGUGAGAAUAAGAUUACCAUUACCAAUGACAAAGGUCGAUUGUCCAAGGAUGAUAUUGAUCGCAUGGUGCGAGAAGCUGAGAAGUACAAAGCAGAAGAUGAUUUGCAACGGGACAAAGUUCAGGCCAAGAAUUCAUUGGAGAGUUAUGCAUACCAUAUGAAGACCACAGUGGAAGAUGAAAAGGUGCGUGAUAAGAUCUCUGAGGAUGACAGGAAAACAAUCGUUGACAAGUGCAAUGAAGCAAUCAGCUGGCUUGAUAGCAACACUGAUGCAAGCAAAGAUGAAUAUGAUAAGCGGCAAAAAGAAUUAGAAAGUAUUUGUAAUCCAGUGAUUACAAAGUUAUACCAGGGGGCUGGAGGUGCCCCUCCUCCAGGGGCAGGGGGCUUUACUCAGGGGGGUGGGGCUCCUACCUCUGACUCAGCUAGUUCUGGUGGACCAACGAUUGAAGAAGUUGACUGAAGAAAAGUUGCCUCAGUUCAGUGGAGUGAGAUUUUCUCCUUGAACUUUUUCAGAUUAGAUUUGAAUAAUGAAGUGUUACCUGCCCAUGUUGUCUGAAGUUUUACAAGACAAGCUCUUAGAGAAUUGCAUGAAAAAAAAGUGGAAAACCAAUCCUUGGAUACAAGAUCAGCCCUGUCUCAUUUGAACAGAGGUUUUGAAAAUACCCAUUAUGAUCUCAGGCGGACUAGUUAGGAAUUGUUCCUUCUCUAUUUUUUGAACAGGGAUGACUUAAAUUAAUGAAUUUGGCCAAGUUAAAUUGUUAUUUACUCUGGAGUUAGGAUUGGAACAGUAGGGUGCUCUGUGCAGCAGGACCAAUGUUGAGAUGGUUUUCUUAAAGAUAUUUUCACAAGUUUGUAUUGUGUACUUUGUUAAACUGAGGUAGAGGCUAGGAGUUUGUUUAGUGUGUUGGUAAUUUUGUUUGAAGUACCUCAAGUGUUGUAACAAAUAUAAAAAAAGAAAAAUAGAAAUGAUGAGCUUCACCAGAUCAUGA